CGGUUGGUAAACAAACGUGGAGGGAGGACUUUAGCGUGGAAAUAAACACGUUUCAUGGAUUCAUUGAAUCCCCACUCGAGACUGACGACUGUUGGUGUUGUAAAUAAGUGAUUUCUGUGGGUUUUUUUGAGCAGCAGCAGCAGCAGCAGCAGCAGCAGCUUCUUCUUCUGCUUCCACACACAUUCUACAUGUCCACCAUGUUGGACGCGGCUGCAGAGCAGAUGAUGGUCCACAGUGAUUUCCACGCGGCGUUUGACACGUGUGACAGAGGUUUGCAGAGUCUGUCCAGCAUGAACUCAGAGGACAACAGGUGUGGAGAAUUAAAAGCUGGUUUCUGCAUCUUAGGGAUUCAAGCUCUGGCUGAGCUGAAUCAGUGGACCAGGGUCCUCCCCUGGAUCCUGCAGCAGUACCAACACCCGGAGACAAUACCAGCAAAGAUCAUGCAGAUGUGCAUUCUCCUCUACUCUAAGGUGGGAGAACCUGCUGCGAUGCAGGAGGCCGCCACAGUUUGGUUGCACUGCUCGUCCAACAGCAGCGCGUCAGGGUUCGGGACGGUGGCCGAGCUGCACCUGCUGCACGUCCUCGUCCCGCUCGGACACACGGACGAGGCUCGCCAGUUGAUUGUGGGCGAGGUCGGAGGCGGAGCGUUCACAGAAGACCAGAGACGGACGGCGCUGAGUGUCGUUGAAGAAAAAGAGCAACAGAACGGAGAACCGCCUCCAAACCCUGACACAGACUCUGAGAGUUCUGCUCAGACUGAAGGCGCCGUCGUCCGUAAACUUGAAGCCGUGCUCACGCGUUUGUACAGAAAAGUGUUUGUGACGCGCUCCGGCUCGGUUCCUCUGCGCAGGAUCUUUGUGGCGGUGGUUCUUCUCUACCUGCUGUUAGUGCGUGUGGAUCCAGCUCUCCCGUCGUCUUUCAUGUGGAUUUCCAAACUUCUCCAAGUGCUCAAGCAGAUUUGGAGAUCCACGUUUGCUCCUCAGAGCGGAGUUCUUUAAAACACUGUUGUUUUUUAAAUCCUUCUUUUUAACUUCACUCAUCACAGCCAAUAAAAUCCACGCCAACAUUCCUGAUGGACAGGUUAUCACAGUCUCUAAUCAUCUUCACCAGGUUCCCAGAGCAAACUCCACACUGAGAAGCUGUGAGGCAACGGCACUGACCGCUGUACAACCGUGUCGCCCACCAUGUUACACAGAACAAGAACGUUUCCCAAACUAUUGUUUGCUUUUUUUCACUCGCGAGUUACAAACCACAGACAUUUAUUGCCGUCAAAAUUCUCCAUAAACGACUCGUGUGUCAGUCUUUACACACUCACGCCCACUUCACUUCAUAUGUUAUUAUUAUUAUUAUUAUUAUGACAUGUCAUAUCAUUACAGAGUGAACGUCUGCAGGGCCUAGGAUUUCUCAGUGUUUCCAUGACGAUGACAAAACAAGAAACGAGUAAAGUGGGUCAGCGGCCAUUUUGACAGAAUCACUUUUCUAAUAUAAUAAAACUCUUUUAAAAGUU